AUGAAAUCCAUCCUGAGCAUUUUGGGAUUCAUCAUAACCCGGGUUCUGCUAUUAUUAUUCAGAAUACUUCGAAUAAUCCUAUUUCCUAUUACGAAACUAAUAUCGUGGUCAUGUGGUGAUUUUUUCCAUAGAUUGAACGAGAAACACAGGAUUAGUGAAGAUUUAUAUAUCAUACCAUAUUUUUUCGAGGCUAUAUUCUCGUAUAUCUGGGCAUUAAACAGACAUAGGUUCCAGAACUGGUACUUAUUUGAAAAUGAAGUGUUAAAGAAUGGCAGCAAUCUAGCUAUUCGUUAUGUUAGACCUAUCCCCGGAUCAAAAGAUAACUUUAACUUGGAAUCUUACACUUACCAAGAAUUCUAUGACAUCGUAUUGAGAUUGUCUUACAUUUUAUACAAUACUUAUGACGUUAAUCCGAAUGACCACAUUGCCAUCCAUUGUACCAAUAAGCCCAUGUUCAUGUUUAUCUGGUUUGCUUUAUGGAAUAUUGGAGCAAUUCCUGCAUUCCUGAACUAUAAUACAAAAGGAAAACCAUUAGUACAUUCAUUAGAAAUCUCUAAUAUAAAACAGGUCUUUAUCGACCUGGAAUCAUCCCAACCGGUGAAAGAUACCGAGGUUGAAAUCAAUCAAACUCUACCUGAUAUUAAACUAAAUUUCUUCGAAGAACAAGAACUUAUGAAUAUGCUUUUAGACACAGAGUCUCCUCAGUUUUUACAGACAACAGAAGAAAGAUCGCCAGCCGACUUGACAGAUUUCCAACCUUCAAUGUUGAUAUAUACCUCUGGUACUACAGGUCUACCAAAAUCUGCCAUUAUGUCAUGGAGAAAGUCAAGCAUAGGGUGUCAGCUCUUUGGUCAUGUAACACAUAUGAACGAUAAAUCGAAUGUCUUUACUGCCAUGCCAUUAUUUCAUUCCACAGCAGCCUUGUUAGGUGCUUGUGCAAUUAUUUCAAAAGGUGGUUGUAUUUCAAUUGCAAACAAGUUUUCUGCUAGAAACUUCUGGAAGCAAGCAUCCUUAACAGAAGCAACACAUGUGGAAUACGUUGGAGAAGUUUGUAGAUACCUGUUACAUUCGCCAAUUUCUGAAUACGACUCUACUCAUAAUGUCAAGGUUGCAUACGGUAAUGGCUUAAGGCCAGACAUAUGGCAACAAUUCAGAAAGAGAUUUAAUAUUGAGGUCAUUGGUGAGUUUUAUGCUGCAACUGAGGCACCUUUUGCAACAACUACUUAUCAAAGGGGUGAUUUUGGUGUUGGCGCUUGCAGAAGCUACGGUACUAUUAUCAAUUGGUUCUUGGCCCUCCAACAAACCCUAGUAAAGGUCAAUCCGGAAGACGAUACAUUGAUCUACAGAAAUACCAAGGGCUUCUGCGAGGAACCUGCUGUAGGUGAACCUGGUGAGUUAUUAAUGCGGAUUUUCUUUCCAAAGAAGCCUGAAACUUCCUUCCAAGGCUAUCUAGGUAAUGAGAAAGAAACUAAAUCAAAGGUUAUAAGAAAUGUCUUUAGAAAAGAGGACGCUUGGUACCGAUGUGGUGAUCUUUUGAAAUCCGAUGAAUUUGGUCAAUGGUAUUUCCUUGAUAGAACCGGUGAUACAUUCCGCUGGAAAUCUGAAAAUGUUUCCACCACAGAAGUAGAAGAUCAAGUCAUCUCAACGAAUGAAUCGGAAAUUAUGCAAGUAUCUGUUGUUGGCCUCAAGCUACCAAAAUAUGAGGGUAGAUGCGGGUAUGCAAUUAUUAGGUUGAAGGAUGAAAGUAUGGGAGCUAGCGAGAAGAUUAACUUAUUAAAUAACACCUUGAUUGAGUUGCAUAAAGUAUUACCAAAAUAUGCUCUACCAAUUUUUGUUAGAUUUGUAGAUGAAAUUAAAAUGACUGACAAUCAUAAAGUAUUAAAGAAAUUGUAUAGAACCCAGAAGUUACCUGCUGGAGAAGAUGGCAAAGAUGACAUUUAUUGGUUACGUGAUUAUAAAGAGUAUAGAAAAUUAACAGGUGAAGAUUGGAAAGGAAUUCAAGAGGGGACAUACAAAUUAUAG